CAGGUGCUAUUCGGAUGUUUUUGACUACAACUCCCAUCAGCCCCAUACCAAAACUUUUGAUCAGUGUGCAUAAUCUGUAUGUUAGGCAGAAAUGCUGAGAAUUUGUGUCACAUAACUGUAUCUGGUCUUCUAAAUGCUGUUCUGACUCACCUGCAUCCGUCAUAUCUGUCUGCUCCUCCAACAGGUUCCGCUGGAAGGCCUUUUCUCUUCUACAGCCAGGUCCACAGGACUUUCUGGAGCAAAACAGACACAUUUGCUGUCUGGGCCCAGCCUCUCCCUACCAUGGAGUUUGCAGAGUUGAUCAAGACCACCAAAGUGGACCAUGUGGUGCUAUCACGUCCAGGACUCCCGUCUGUCAAAGGGACACUUUGCAUCACCAGUCACCACCUCCUUCUAUCUUCCCAGCCAGGGGGAAACGAGGAACAGGGCCAGAUUGAGCUGUGGCUUCUUAUUCGCAAUGUGGACGCCAUUGAGAAAAGCGUUCAGAAUCUAAGUUGGUAUCAAAGCGCCCGGACUAACGGCUCCCCCCCAGAAACCAGGCUUGCAAACGCUUCGGGCACCAUCACGCUCAAAUGCAAAGACUUGAAAAUUCUGCAGCUGGAGAUUCCUGGGAUGGAGGAGUGUCUUAAUAUCGCCAGCUCCAUUGAGGCCCUCUCCUCCGUGGAGUCGGUGAUGAUGACGUACCCCUUCUUCUACAGACCCCAGAACAUGAAGCUGGAAGACGGGUGGGGGCUGCACCGCCUUGAGGAAUUCUACCAGCAAAUAGCUGCAGAUACAGGUGCCUGGAGGCUCAGCUAUGUCAAUGAGGAUUUUGGGGCCUGCUCCAGCUACCCGCCUGUUGUCAUCGUGCCAACCAAAGUGGAGGAGGGAGCCCUGAGAGAGAGUGCCCGCUUCCGUCAGGGGGGACGAUUCCCCAUCCUCAGCUAUUACCACAAAAAGAAUGGGACAGUGAUGCUCCGCAGCAGCCAACCGCUGGUGGGGCCCAACCGGAAGCGCUGCCAGAAGGAUGAACUGCUGCUGCACGCUGUGCUGGCAGGGGGGGACCGUGGCUUCGUCCUGGAGACCAGGUCAGCGCAGGCAGCCAAGCAGGCAAGGAUGCUGGGGGGAGGCACAGAGCACCGGAGCGCCUAUCCUGGUUGGAAGAGAUUUCACCGACCUCUGGAGAGGGGUCGUCCCCUCCAAGAGAGUUUCAUCAAGCUGGUGGAGGCUUGCAAUGACCCAUCCCACAGCAUGGACCGCUGGCUGAGCAAGCUUGAAGCCUCCAAAUGGCUGUACCACGUCAAGGAAGCCUUGAGCACCGCCUGCCUUGUGGCCCAGUGCAUGGACAGGGAGGAGGCCUGCGUCCUGGUGCAUGGAGCCGAAGGAACGGAUACGACCUUGCUGGUGACAGCCCUUGCCCAGGUCAUCCUGGAUCCCAACUGCAGGACACUCACCGGGUUCCAGGGGCUGCUGGAACGGGAGUGGAUACAGGCUGGCCAUCCGUUCUGCCUCCGCUGUGCCCACUCUGCCUACUCCCACGUCCGUCUCAAGCAUGAGGCGCCCACCUUCCUCCUCUUCCUUGACUGCGUCUGGCAGCUGGGGCGCCAGUUUCCCUUAUCACUGGAGUUCAACGAGGGCUUCCUCUUGGCGCUCUUUGAGCACAGCUACGCGUCUCCCUACGGCACCUUCCUGUGCAACAACGAGAAAGAAAGGAAGCUCUGUGAAGUGAAGGAGAAGACGCACUCACUCUGGCCCUGGCUGAACAGCAAAGGGGAGGAGUUCCUGAAUCUGCUCUAUGCACACAACCCCUUGGUUAUCUGGCCAUCCGUGGAGCCGCAGAGUUUGCUACUCUGGCAAGGCUUAUUCCUCCGCUGGGUCCGCUCAUCCCACCAUCUAGAUGACGCAUGGGGAGAAAUUCAGAAAAUAAUGAAGUCCACACAGGAAGACUGAGCGGGAUGGCACCAAAGCAGACUGCAGCACAAGCCAAUUCAAAAGCAGAAACCAAAGAACUGGGUAGGAAAAGAUCAGCCACAGCCUGGUUUCUGCUGUGCUGGAAACCAGCAAGCACAGAGCUAUCAAGGAGAGUAAAU